AUGUUGGGGUCAACUGUUGAUUCCGAUGCGCUGCGACGCACGGAUUCUGGGAUGCAUACCGACACCAACCAAUGGCAUCGAGGCUCUACCCGUUCCGUUCCCGGCUUUCACGCGCCGGCGACUACUGGGGGUGAUGGCAGCCAAAGCCGGCCUAGCACCUCGGGCUCCUCGUCGGCGCUGGGCAAUGAUGGCACCUGGGGAGAGCGGGAUGUUGGCGGUGUCAAUGAACACAACGCCAUACAGGAGUACGAGGCCCUCAGAAACAACCUGAUGCAGCUGCACAGGACCCGGACGAGGGACUCCCAAGCCAGCAAGGCCGACAGCAUUGCACGGCGCAAGAGCCGUGGUAAAAAUACUCUGGAGCCGACAAGGUCCAACAUCUCAUCUGCUGCUGGUGCAAGAGUUCAUACAACUGACACAGACGUUGAAGACGCCGCCGACUCGACGGAUGCCGCAUCUGGCGGCGACACGUUUGAGUUGGCGGACUUUAUGCGCCAAGGCCACUUUGAAAAGCGCACCGAGGCUGGCUCUGAGAAGCGAGUGGGUGUUAUUUACAGGAACCUUAUGGUCGAGGGCACCGGGAGCACCAUAUCCCGGGUCCGGACAGUUCCAGACGCCGUGCUUGGCACCUUUGGUCCCGACCUCUAUCGCCUUCUUUGCCGCUGGAUACCUUUCAUUAGAUUCGGCCACUUUGAAACCCGGACCAUCAUUCACGAUUUCACCGGCUGUGUGCGCGACGGAGAAAUGAUGCUGGUUCUAGGGAGACCGGGCGCCGGUUGCAGCACUUUCCUGAAGGCUGUCAGCAACAAUACCGAGUCCUUCGCCGCGGUGGGAGGCAGCGUAUCCUACGGUGGUAUUCCCAAGGAGAAGCAAAAGAGCAUGUAUCGAGGCGAGGUCAAUUAUAAUGGCGAAGACGAUAUCCACUUUGCGCCGCUCAGUGUCUGGCAGACAUUGACUUUUGCCCUCAAGAACAAGACGCGGAAGCACGCCAGGGACGACAUACCCAUCCUUGCCGAUGCGCUGAUGAGGAUGUUUGGCAUCAGCCACACCAAACAUACGCAAGUGGGCGACGAGUAUACAAGGGGCGUCAGCGGCGGUGAGCGCAAGCGUGUCUCCAUUGCCGAGACCUUGGCCUCAAAAUCAACCGUCAUGACUUGGGACAACUCGACCCGCGGCCUCGAUGCCUCGACUGCGCUGGACUAUGCCCGCUCUCUCCGGAUCAUGACAGACAUUAGCAAUCGUACGACUCUCGUCACCCUCUAUCAGGCUGGCGAGGGUAUAUAUCAACUCAUGGAUAAGGUGCUGGUCAUUGAUCAAGGCCGCGAGAUCUUUUCGGGUCCCGCAAAGGAUGCUAAGCAGUACUUUAUCGACCUCGGAUUCGAGUGCCCAGACAGACAGACAACGGCAGACUUCCUGACCGCUGUGACCGACCCCGUGGAGCGUCGCUUCAGACCGGGCUUUGAGGACAAGGCCCCAAGAACGCCCGAGGAGCUGGAAAAGGCGUUCCGCAGCUCUGAGCACUACCAGCGGCUUCUCAGCGACGUUGACGAGUAUGAGAAACACUUGCGCCAUACAGACUAUGACGACGCUAGACGUUUCGAGGGCGCCGUCCAAGAGGCCAAAUCAAAGACGGUGCGCAAGAAGUCCCCAUACACGGUAUCCUUUGCACGCCAGGUAUGGGCAUGUACAGAGAGGGAGUUUUGGCUUCUGCUUGGUGAUACUACGACUCUGUGGACAAAACUCUUCAUCAUCAUCUCCAACGGGCUGAUUGUCGGCUCCAUCUUCUACGGUCAGCCCCUUUCGACAGAGGGCACCUUCACUCGCGGUGGUGCCCUCUUCUUCUCAAUCCUCUUUCUUGGCUGGCUCCAACUGUCUGAACUUAUGAAGGCAGUAUCGGGCCGGACUGUAGUAGCGCGUCAUAGGGACUAUGCCUUCUACCGCCCAUCUGCUGUAGCCGUCGGCCGCGUGAUAGCAGACUUUCCCGUGAUUGCUGUGCAAGUGUGUAUAUUUGGUCUCAUUAUGUACUUCAUGACCAGCCUGGACGUCAAUGCCGGCAAAUUUUGGAUUUACAUGUUGUUCAUCUACGUGAAUACAUUCAGCUUAACGGCGCUAUACCGGCUAUUUGCCAGUGUAUCUCCAGAAAUUGACACUGCCGUGCGGUUUUCAGGUAUUGCGCUCAACCUUCUCGUCAUAUAUACCGGCUAUGUUAUUCCAAAGACGCAAUUGUUGUUAAACUAUAUCUGGUUCGGUUGGAUAUAUUGGAUCAAUCCGGUCUCGUACAGUUUCGAGGGCGUUUUGUCAAACGAGUUCUCUGGUCGGAAUAUGCCGUGCGCAGCAAGUGAACUCGUCCCCCAGGGCGCAGGCGUUCAACCGGGCUAUCAGGGCUGUGCUGUGAGCGGUGCCGAUGUCAACGCGCAGUCCGUGGCGGGCGAUGACUACUUGUCGUCGUCGUUUGGCUAUACCCGUGCCCAUUUGUGGCGCAACUUUGGCGUUGGGGUUGCCUUUACGGUUCUGUACAUCAUCCUCACAGUGAUUUCCACUGAGCUAUUCAGCUUUGCUUCUAGUGGCGGUGGUGCCAUUAUUUUCAAAAAGGCACCAAACCCGAUGAAGGGCACCGACAAGGCACAUUUCACGCAGCCCGAUGAGGAAAAGAAGAGGGAACAGAGACAGGCGCUCGAGCAGCUAAGCAAAAGCGAGUCCAUCUUCACCUGGAGAGAUGUCGAGUAUACCGUCCCCUAUCUUGGUGGCGAGCGCAAGCUGCUCAACAAGGUCAACGGAUAUGCGAAACCCGGCGUCAUGGUUGCUCUGGUUGGUGCUUCGGGCGCCGGCAAGACGACGCUGCUGAAUACGCUUGCUCAGAGGCAGCGGGUUGGUGUAGUAUCCGGCGAGAUGUUUGUUGAUGGGCGCCCGCUCGGCCCGGAAUUUCAACGCAACACGGGAUUCUGUUUGCAGGGCGACCUCCACGAUGGAACGCAGACAGUGCGAGAGGCCAUUGACUUUUCUGCCCUGCUACGCCAGGAUGCCUCGAUCCCCCGACCGGAGAAGUUGGCCUAUGUCGACACCAUAAUGGACCUCCUCGAGCUCAAUGAUUUGAAGGAUGCCAUCAUCAUGUCACUUGGCGUCGAACAGCGUAAGCGCCUUACCAUUGGUGUUGAGCUCGCUGCAAAACCCUCGCUACUGUUAUUCUUGGACGAGCCGACCUCGGGCUUGGACUCCCAGUCGGCCUAUUCGAUUGUUCGCUUUCUCAAGAAACUCAGCCAGGCUGGCCAGGCCAUUGUUUGUACCAUUCAUCAGCCAAGCUCGGUCUUGAUCCAGCAGUUUGACAUGGUCUUGGCGCUAAACCCGGGUGGCAAUACGUUUUACUUUGGUCCUAUUGGGGAAAAUGGCAAGGAUGUUAUUGAAUAUUUUGCUCAUCGAGGCGCUGUGUGUCCUCCCCGAAAGAAUGUGGCCGAGUUCAUACUCGAGACUGCAGCCCGUCCUCAUCGAAAGCCCGACGGGACCAAGAUUGACUGGAACGAAGAGUGGCGAAACAGUGAACAAGCACAGGCCGUCAUUGAGGAAAUUGACGGCCUCAAGCGGACACGAAGCAGCGCGUCGCACCCACGCCAAACCACAAAGGAGCGCGAGUACGCAGCUCCCACCUGGAUACAGAUCACAGAGCUCACCAAGCGGAUGUACAGGCAGUAUUGGCGCGACCCCUCGUAUAUUUACGGCCAGCUCUUCACUUCUGUCAUCAUGGGAAUUUUCAAUGGAUUCACAUUCUGGCAGCUCGGCAACACGGUCCAGGAUAUGCAGAACCGAAUGUUUACGACCUUUUUGAUCAUCACCAUCCCCGCCACCGUCGUCAAUGGCGUGGUGCCCAAGUUCUAUGGCAACAUGGCGCUUUGGCAAGCGCGGGAGUAUCCUUCUCGCAUCUACGGUUGGGUUGCUUUCUGUACAGCCAAUAUAGUGGCAGAGGUUCCCGGGGCGAUCGUGUCCGGCUUUCUCUAUUGGGUCCUUUGGUACUGGCCUACGGGCCUUCCCACACAAAGCUCGGUAUCUGGAUACGCAUUUCUCAUGACAAUGCUCUUCUUCCUAUUCCAGAACAGCUGGGGUCAGUGGAUCUGUGCCUUUGCCCCGAGCUUUACGGUUAUAUCCAAUGUCUUGCCAUUCUUCUUCGUUGUUUUUGGCCUAUUCAACGGCGUUGUCCGCCAGUACUCGGCGUUGCCAGUCUUUUGGCGUUACUGGAUGUACUGGAUCAACCCUUCGACUUACUGGAUUGGCGGAAUGUUGGCCGCAACACUCGACGGGAUUCCUGUACAGUGUGCCGAUAGCGAGGCUGCUCGCUUUGAUGCGCCCCCAGGUCAGACCUGCCAAAGCUACGCGGGCGCCUUUGCGAAUAGUGCCGGUGGUUAUCUGCUUAACCCCGAUGCCAGCACCGAUUGCAUGUAUUGUCCUUACACGGUUGGCAACCAGUAUCUCAGCACCUUGAAUAUUGAGGCCAGUCAAAAGUGGAGGGACUUUGGCAUCUUCUUGGCCUUUUGUAUUUCCAACUGGGCGCUGGUUUACUUCUUCAUUUAUACCGUGCGUAUCCGUGGAUGGGGCUUUGGGCUGGGCUAUAUCUUUCGCGGGCUGGGGAAGUUGGUCGAUCUGAUCAAGCAACCCUUCAAGAGCAGAGGUAAAUGA